AUGGCUGUCUACGACUACGUCAGCGGCACGAUCGACUCGGCGCGUCGCCAGGCCGACCGCGUCGUGAGCCCUCAUGACCGCCAGAGAGCCUAUGACAGCGUCCUCAGCUUCGCCCAGGAGCAGCCACUGUUGUUUUCCUUCAUCGUAGCCCAGCUGCUCCUCUCCCUUGUCCCCAUCCUCCUCUUCGCCUCCUUCGUCCUCGGCACCGUUGCCCUCGCGAUGUUUACCGCCGUUAUAUUCUCUCUCUUCUGGAUUGGAGUGGCCAGCAUCAUCCUCGGGUCUACCCUCCUCGUGACUUUCGGACUGGCCGCCUUGGGGUGGUUGUGGUUCGUCGGCACCUACCUGGCCGCUAACUUCGUUUAUGGUCUCGUUGCCGGCAACAGUACCAAUGCGAACCAUGUCGUCAAGUUAAACAUGGAGGAGAAAUGGGCAAGGAUCAAUGAUAAGAAGUCGGCCGCGGAUGAGGACGAGAAGAAUGGUCGUGAUGUGGUCAAGCGCGAGCCUGGAACCGAAGAGAGCAGUCCAGCAAGUGGCUAG